GAUAGAGAUUUGGCUGCGAGCUCUCCCCUGGCAUGGCCGCCUUCUGCGCCUCCCCCUUCCCGUCUCCGACCAUCCUCACCCUACUCCGCGCCACCCCUCGACCCGACCACCGCUUCUCCUAUCGCCACUCUUUCUCCCCCAACUUCCGAGCACUCACCGACCCAGUUCUCGCUCCGUCCCCAUCCCCCGUGCCCCUUCCCCUUCCCAUCCGCAGGCGGGAGGCCGCCCUCUCCCUCUCUCUCUCUCUCCUCCUCUUCCUCCUCGACCCCCCCGCUGGCGCCUCCUCCGACCAGACGAACUGCACCCUCGCCGUCGCCUCCUCCGGCCUCGCGUUCUGCGACACCGUCGUCGGCACCGGCCCCGGCGCCACCAAGGGCCAGCUCAUCAAGGCGCAUUACGUCGGGAAAUUGGAGAACGGCAAGGUGUUCGACAGCAGCUACAGCCGCGGGCGACCUCUCUCAUUCAGGAUCGGCGUCGGGGAGGUGAUCAAAGGAUGGGAUCAAGGGAUUCUAGGCGUAGAUGGAAUUCCACCAAUGCUCGUCGGUGGCAAGCGUACAUUGAAGAUUCCUCCCGAGCUUGGUUAUGGGGCGAGAGGAGCAGGCUGCAGAGGAGGCUCUUGCAUUAUUCCUCCGGAUUCAACUCUUCUGUUCGAUAUAGAAUUCAUUGGGUAGGCAGGAGCCAGAGACCUACAGAGUCUUUUUCUGACGAAAGGAACCAACAGACGAGAUACUUGUAUAAGCACUUAAACAAGAGGGAACCAAGGCUACAAAUAAUUACAAUUAUGCAGUACUGAUUUCCUACUGUAAACGACCUUUAUCAAGUCAAAAUCUGUAAACGAGCUCUUUUAGUCCCA